CUAGUUUUUUUUUUACAAACAAACAUGGGUGCGGAUGUGCGUGUGAUAAAUGUGUCAACGCUCAAGAAUUUAUAAUUUUCUUUGUUUAUUUUACGUUUACCAUUGACUAUUUCAAUAACUUGUGUGUUUGUUUGAUUUCUCUUAUGUUUUUUGUGUUCUGAACAAAGUUUUUACUAUGGGUACGAGCACAAUGGGGAGUGAUUUGCAUUCUGAUAAGCAGGACAAGUUGCUCAAGCUACAAGCUCGGAAGAAAGAAUUGGAGCAGAUACUUGCAGCCAAAAACGAAGAGCUUUAUAAACUAUGCGUGCAAGAAGUGCAGUUAACUGGCAUUAUGCCACCCGAAGCGCCUCUGAGUCCCGAAGUGCCUCAAAGAGAAAGAUUGGGAAGUAUUAAAAGUGUCGACAGAUCAACAGACGGCAAUGACGUUCAAGAUGGGUCCGACAACUCCUCCAGGCGUCUCAGAGCCGCUACUGGUGACCGAACUCAGGAGUCCGACGCAAACUUGCGCAAGAAUCUUACACAUAGACUGUCCACUCCAUCCAUAUCUGGUGUGUCGACUAAAAGUUCCCACUCAAGACACGUUCGGCGUCCAGAGACUAGUUGUUCCAAUUUCUUUCCAUCUCCUCCACAAGAGCGGAACACUGAUACAUUUUCAAUUCACACAUCUCAUACUUAUCCUGCAUUAGCUGGUCGUCAUGAUAUCAUGAACGAAAACCUACAGAAUGACAUGCAACAGGGCACAAUUUAUAGACACCAUACUAUGACAACAGAUUAUAUGAAUAAGAUAUACUGUAAUAAUACUCCAGAAGCUCAUAAUGUAUCUAGAUUACGAGAAACUCAUUUCAGUUCUAGUCAUCCAGAUAUUACAACACAUUACACUCACGGUAGCAUGGCGCCGCAUCCUGUACAGAAUGGGAUGCGGACCACUCCAUUAUUGUAUCAAUAUGCCACUCAUCUUAAAGCUCAAAGCCAGCAUUUAACUGGGCUUGCCCACCAGCAUCAGAUGCAGCAGUCUAAACGCCGCCCAGAGGGCGUAAGACGAAACACAUUGCAAAGAACCCAAACAUAUCACUUGACUUCUCACAGUGAUUACAACCAAUUGCAUUUAGAAAAUUUGAAGCAUGAGGCUCCUGCACAUAUAUACCAACACCGGUCACAACCUGAUAUACAAGAACAACCCCAUGGACCGAUAGAACGAGUCAUUCCUGUACCAAAUACAUUGCCUUUACGAGAACAUAACAUGAUCAAGCAUCCCAUGCAUAUGCAGCUUCAAGUGUCUACUGAUGAUUACAUCAGGGAUGACAGAAGACACUACCCUGACCAAUUGACACCAGUCAGCACAAAGUCAGUCUAUAAUUUUGACCCAAUAAGUAUGAAUAAAUUCUCACCAUUAUCCCAAGGGGAUAAAAAAGAAAAGCAGUGGUAUGAAACCUCAUUAGACUCUCCGACAAAGGCUGAAACACCUUUAUUGAAAAAGAGUUCCAGUUUAAAACGAACUUCGAGCAUAGGAAACUCUCAAGCAUAUGAGAUCAUGAUCUCUUCUGGUCGUCACUCAGCUAUGCAGAGUCCAAAUCAAGUACCACAAAGUCCACCUGUCUUGUCACCGGGUGCAGUUUCCUUAGAAUCCCCGAAAAAUUUGACUGUAAUUGAACAGGGUAAAUGUAUACCUUAUAGAGAAGAGACAAAACCUUUUGAAAUGUCUGAUUUUUAUAAAUAUUCUACUAAGUUUAGACAAGCGGCAGCUCAUAAAAGUCCCCCUAAUAACCCAGGUCCUAGCCUGAAUACAGGGUAUAAUAAGUUGCCUAUGGAAUUGCCACAGUAUGCUCAAGAACACUGGCAUGGACAAACAAAUUAGAUUUAAGUAUUUAGUUUUAAAAAUAAUAAAUUGUAAAAUUAUUUAGUUGUCUAUUAACUUAUUUUGACAAGAAUUGGUAUAGAAGACCUAAUUUUAAUAAUAACUUAUAUUGCACUUAUGUUGUUAACUUCUUAAUAAUUGUGGCUUAAAGUUUCAAAUUGUUACUCCCAAUUUUCGGGCCUAAAAUGUGUGUAAAACAAAUAUAAAUCAAGGUAGUUAAUGUAAAUGUUUUGUCUACAAUAUUAUUGUGAGGAAAAACAUGGAAUUAGUAUAAAACUGAAAGUCUAAUGCUCAGCAUUAUAUCAAUGAUACCAAGAAGAACUGUCAAUCACUACAUUGUGCAUUGACAUGAUUGAAAUAUUGAUAAGAUUAGCUCUGUGAUAACAACUAUUAAGUUGUUUUAUUAUAUGAUGACAAUAAACGAGUUUAUACAACUGACAAUUAUCUACAUUAUUAUAUACUUCUAAUAAAUGUGGCUAAAUCAGAUUUUUAACCUACUUCAUACAGGAGGAGUUUCUUAUGUCAGUAGUAGCAUUAAAGACAAGAAUAAUGACUUUUUCCUGAUCUCUGUAUGCCCUUUUUAUUAAUUUAGUUAAAGUACAAGUUUUUACAAGUUAGUUCCAAUUUGCCUUUAUUUUAGAUUUCUUUAUAAAAUGCUUCGCCCACCGCUUUUUAGAAAUGUAAUGUUACUGAACAAUAUUUCUCCGUUGUUUCAACCUGGCCGCUUUUGUGAUAUAUUUUUCUCAAUUUUAGUAGAUGUGAGUCGUUUUUUGUGUAUUUUUAUUUUCAAAUCUUAGAAUAGCAGAAGUGAUUGUUUAAGGCUUGUAGCAUAAAUUAUACACAGCAGUUUUUUUUUUAAUGUAGCCAAUCAUUUUGUAGCUUUUUUGUUAGCAUUAGCACUAAUUGGAAAUCAAUGCAAUGAAAAGAAUUUUACAUUAAGACUUGUUACUGUUUUCUAUUAGAUACACUUGAAAAGACUUAUCUUACUUGCCAAGCAAAUUAAAGCCUAAGUGCCAUUUGCCUUAACAAAUUAUACAGUAGCUAUGUAUUUCUCAAUUUUGUAUAUAGAUUCUAGUAUGUGUAUUGUGUAGUGUAAGGUGUUUUAAAGUUAUUUUUAUAAAGCGUUUAUGUAAGAAUCUUGUGCGCUUGCACAAAUUAAUGUGGGUCUAAUAAAGUUUUAUAAAUAA